AAUGUAUACGACUCCUCCCUUCUCUCAUAAUUAUUCAAAUCCAGUACUUAUGAAAGAUGAUGUUGGAAAAUCAAAACCCUCUACAUACAAUUUGCCAAAAUAGGAGUUUAUUUAUGGCCUUCCACUUAUAAGGGAUAAAGAAGGAGCAAAGGAAGGUAGUAUUUAUUUAUCUUAUAUCAUUUUAGUAACAAUGACCUGGAAAUUUCAUCAAGAAUCUUAGGAUAGAAUUCCCAAUCGAGAUUUUGCUGAGCUUAAUAAGAUGUCUGUUUUCAAUGGAUCUCUUACUGCUCAUGUAACUUAAAUCAAAUUUCUUUUUAGGAUAUGUAUAAAUUCAGAUAAACCCAUGAUGCUCGAUUAUAAGUCAAAAAAGGCACUAACAUUUAAGCAAUUGAAUUGCCAGAAGAGGAGUUUAGAUAUGGAAGAAAAAACAGGUUAUUAUUAUUUACUAAAUAAAUAAUUUAGACCUUCUACUCCUAUGAAAUUAGUCAUGGGUAAUUCAUAUGGCAUAGAAGCUGCAUCCGUUACCUUAGACAAAUACUACAAAAGAGCUGGCUCAUAAGUAUCACAUAUAUACAUUUAGGAAUAAAAAAUGACAAACACAAUAGUUAGACCAAACAAAGCUUCAUAAUUAUUUCAUGAAAGCAAUCAUAAAAAAUUAGCAGUUAUAAAAGGUACUGAAAAAAAAGAACCUUUUAAGAUGGAAAAAUUUAAGACAGUCAAUGCUAGAACAAAUACAAACCUUAUAGCGAAGAAAGAGUGA